UGACUAUUAUAAAUUUUUAUUCUUUUGAAAAAGUCAGACCGUUGCAAGAAAUUUGCUACAGCACCUAGAUAUGUGCGGUGUGAAAAUGUUAUUUUUAGUGUUUUGAAAACGUAUAAACUGUCAAAACACAGUUUACCCAAACAGACCAAAUGUGUUUUCAAAGUAUCACCGCAUCAAAUAAGCUGCUCCAAAUUGGUCAUUAGCCUUACUCCUCUAGUUAAUUUUGACUGCAUUGACUUUGCCUCCAUUCCAUAGAAGAAAAUAAAAUAUAUUUAUGGUUUUGAUACACGCAUAAAACUAUUUAUAUAACUAACGUUCUUUAUUUUAUUUAUAAAUUUCACUCAAAAGUUUAAAUUCUAUUUCAAAUGAGCCUAGUUGUACCAGUCACCGUCUUCCUCCUGGAUUUUAUCUCUUGAGGUUUACUUCAGAAAGUUCAAAGAUCGCAACUUUUGCCCUAAAAAUGAACAGUUUUCAAUCUCCUCCGUGUUCUUUCUUCAACAACCGAUGGCUUGUCUUCGUCGGCGCAAUAUGGGUACAGUCCGUCGCCGGGGUGGGAUAUCUCUUCGGCGGCAUAUCGCCUGUGAUUAAGGUUUAUAUGGGCUACAACCAGCGCCAAAUCGCAGCCCUAGGUGUCGCCAAGGAUCUCGGCGGCAGCGUUGGGUUUCCCGCCGGAAUUCUCUGUGAAUUUCUCCCUCUCUGGUCGGUUCUGUUCAUCGGCGCUUUGAAGAAAGUUAUGGGAUAUGGCUGGAUCUGGCUCAUCAUCACCGGACGAGUGUCGGUUCUGCCUCUUUGGGCGAUGUGCAUUCUUCUCUUUGUUGGUAACAAUGGAGAAACAUACUUCAAUACAACAGCACUGGUUUCUUGCUUGCAGAACUUUCCUAACAGCAGAGGGCCCAUAGUGGGCAUCUUGAAAGGUUUUGCUGGCCUGAGUGGUGCAAUUUUGAUUCAGAUAUACACCGUAAUACGCUCUCCUGAUGAUGCUGCGCUCAUUUUUAUGGUUGCUGUCGGACCUUCCAUCGUUGUAAUAGCCCUUAUGUUCAUUAUUAGACCGGUAGCUGUGCCCAAGCAAGUCCAGCCUUCAGACAACUCCAGCUUUGCUUUCAUUUAUAGCUUAUGCUUGCUUUUAGCUGCUUACUUGAUGGCUACCAUGCUCCUUCAAGACCUUGUUAACUUGAGCCAUAAUUUCAUUAUCAUGUUUACUGUUGCCUUGAUCAUUCUACUUCUAUCUCCUAUCACAAUUCCUUUAAUCAUAACCUUUGGUUCUCAUGCUGCUUCAAGCGAUCGAAAGGGUCUGUUAUCCGAGUCUCAAAGGGAGGAGCCGGACGAACUAAUGGUCUGUGAGGUAGAGGUUGAGAAGUCUGACGAGGUUGAUUUGCUUCCUGAAUCAAAGAGGAUGAUGAUGAAUCAGCAGGUGCAAGCAGAACUGUUUCAGGCUGCACCUGUGGGAGCUGUAAGGGUGCAGAGCAGGAGAGGGUUGAAUAGGGGGGAGAAUUUCACCUUGUGUCAGGCUUUCAUAGAGGCAGACUUUUGGCUUUUGUUUAUCUCUCUUUUGUUGGGAUCUGGUUCAGGUUUAACUGUUAUGGAUAAUUUAGGACAGAUGAGCCAGUCUUUGGGCUACGAUAAACCACACAUUUUCGUGUCAUUGAUUAGUAUAUGGAAUUUUCUUGGCCGAGUUGUUGGCGGCUACCUGUCAGAAAUAAUUGUGAGGGAUCAUGCAUAUCCAAGGCCUCUAGCUCUGGCAGUCUCUCAGGGUGUAAUGGCAGUAGGACAUUUUUUCAUCGGUAUGGGUUUGCCGGGAUCAUUGUACGUUGGAACACUUGUAAUAGGGCUCGGCUUUGGAGCUCACUGGGCUAUCGCCCCAGCUGCAGCGUCAGAGCUGUUUGGUAUGAGAAAUUUUGGGUCUUUCUAUAAUUUUCUCACUUGUGCAAACCCUGCAGGCUCUUUGAUAUUCUCAGAACUUAUUGUAAGUAAUAUAUAUGAUUAUGAAGCCUCUAGGAAAGCUCACAUGAGACAGAAACAUGGAGAUAGGUUGGAAGAAGAGGGGCUGAGGUGUGAGGGAGCGAUUUGCUUCUUCUACUCUUCAAUGAUAAUGUCUGGAUUUAGCAUCAUUGCAGUUAUCUUGAGUUUGGUUCUUGUUUAUAGAACGAAAGUUUUCUAUUCGAAUCGUUAUGAAAAAAACUCCUCUUUGAGCUGCUUAUAAAGAGUGAUGAUUGCCUCCUUUGUU